GCCGCUUACCAAUUCGGCUCUGGCGCCGGCCGGCCGGUCGACCGAGCCGGGCAAUUUUUUUCACGAGAGGCAGUAUUUUGGCUGUGUGAAGAAAGCCACAAGUCACGUUUUGUGCCCGUACAGAAAGGCGCUUUUUUCGGUCUCUUUCCAAACCCAGAAUCGCCUGAAAGAUCGGUGGAAGCGAGCGAGAUCGUCCCAAGUCUACAACCCGAGGCAGAGCGUUUCCAAAGCGAUAGCUACCGCCCCGUCCCAACUACGGAUAAAACCAGAUCCAGGUACAUAGGAAGAAAAUGAGUUUUUCAACCAACAAUCGCAGUACAAUAGACAGCGAGGUGUAUAAAUGGGUGGUUGCACAGCUAAAGAAAAAGAAGGUCGUCACACCCAACGCAAUCCGACAGAAAGCCUUUGAAAUUGGCCAGGAAUUUGACCCCAACUUCAAAGCCUCCAUAAACUGGUACAACAACUGGAAGAAGAGGUUCGACUACAACGAGACACCUGAAGCGGAGGCUCUCAAGCACAAAAAGAGGUCGUAUACUGCAGCGUUCAAGUUGCACGCAGUCCAGCGAGCCAUGGAGCUGGAGUCUGCCAGUCAGGCCUCGCUGGAGCUAGACGUCUCCCGGCGCUGUCUCCAACGCUGGAAAGAAGAGCUGGACGUAAUCUCGAGCGUGGCAGAGCACUCUUCGAACGCGGUGUACCGUCGACCGGGGCAGGGUAGGAAGGUGAGGGACACCUCUCUAGACACGAGGCUCCUGGAAUGGUCCAAAGACUGCUGGAAACAAAGCAUCAGCCUCUCUUCCGGAAUGAUCCGCGAAAAGGCCCGGGAGCUGAGUCUCCAGCCAGACUUCAAGGCCUCCCUUGGCUGGUUCGUCAAGUGGCAGAAACGGCAUUGCGUGGAUCUGAAGGAGCAGACUUGCAGCCCCUCUGCUGGCGAGAUCGCGACCCCACUGAAGCUCCGCCUACUCCCCGAGGGAGAGGUGUCGGCCUACAGCACUCCCAAGAAACGCCGACUGUCAAAGAAACGAGCUCUCAGCUACGACGACACGUCACUUCUUGAAAACGACGAGGAGUUUGACCGUCUCCUCUUGACCUGGCUGGUGGAGCGCUGGGAAGCCGGGGACAUUGUCAACGACAAGAUGCUGAAGGAGAGAGCCAUGGAACUGACUGCCAACCCUGACUUCAAGGCCUCCAAGAUAUGGCUCCAGGCCUGGAAGGGGAAAUACAACGUCUCUUUGGAGAACCAGACAUACGGCACCGAUGGAGACGAGGAGAACGAGGAGAUAAUUGAGGAGACGCAGGUCUACGACGAGCAGGUGGUGAUUGAGGGCGAACAAGCGGCGAUGUCGUCCCAGGAGGCGGGGCCUUCGGAAGAUGCUCCAGUCACACCCACGAAGGAAGAAGCUGCCACUGCUCUAGCGUCUCUCUCAGCAGACGAUCACGAGAUUGCAGAGGCCCUCCAGAAGUUGGCCAAUGCAUUUGGCAUCACCCAGGGGGGUGGUAGUGGUGGGGUGGGGAGCAAGGAGGCAGUGUCACAGCUGGCCGCUCUGCAGCAGAGCGACAGUGCUGAUUUUCUGCUGGAGGGAGCAGGUCGAGUUGCCGUGGAAGAAAUUGUGUCUGAGGAAGUGGUGACAGACGAACCAAUGGUGGUGAUAGAGGGUACAGUGGUGGGGGAGACCCCUGUGACCGCACAAAUUACUGUCGCCAGCGUAAAGUCAGAGGACAUCACCUCGACAACCGUGCAGAGCAUAGUGGACGUUGUUUCCGCUGCGACGCAGAUAGCUCAGAGCAUCACGGGGUCGAACAAUCCGAGCGUCACUCAGCCAGUUGCGGAGAGUCUGAUUCAGGCAGUUGCCAACCAGUUGAGUCACUCCUCUGCCCACCAGGAGAUGAGUGGAGGCAAGGGAGAGAGUUCAGCUGCACAAUCGACACCCCAGACUCCGGUCACCCCCUCUUCUUCUCUCUCUGUCACCACAUCAGAUGUGGUCCAGACAACGCAGACAGUGACCAGUGUGGCUAGUGGAGCCCCGGAACAGUUCCUCACUGAAGAAGUUAUCAUUUCCGAGCCCAUCGUUGAAGCCGCCAUCACGACGACAGGGGGAACAUUCAGAGCAGAUGUUUGAGGCCACUGUUGACGAGGGGGUAAUUGGGGGGCAGAUGGAAGUGAUGGUACAGGGGGGAGAGGGGGCAGUGGUGGGCCCCGCUCAACUCGAGAGUGGCGACGAUAUCGUCCACUUGAGUGUGGAGAAAAGCGAGGGGGUCCCGAUCUCCAUGCCUCCAAGUCACAUGAUCUCGACCACGCCCACCGAGGUCCAGGUUCUCACCACGGGAGGCAACGAAAUCGUCAUGGAGACGGGGGCUGAAAUUUUGGCGACGGGAGGCACAGAGACCGAGGUAUCGCUGGAGGGGGGAGAAAUUUCAAUCCCCGAGGGGAGCGGGGACAUUCUUGACAUAGUUCAGGAGAGGGUGGUGGGGGGAGGGACGGCAGGGGAAGGGGGUGGGGUUACGGAGGAGACGGGAGUGAAGGAGGAGGAUUACGACGAGCAGUUCAAACUGCGGGUGAUGCGUCGUGUGGCAGAAGUGGGCUCGGUUCAGCAGGCCGCCCGCGAGUUCUCCAUUCCCUGGAAGAUAGUUGCCUCCUGGAACAGCCAAGAGUAGACUGGUUUUCUAUUGCUAUAACUGUAGCCCUCUCUUACCACACCAAGCACAGUGUGUAAGAUGUCAUGUCCAUGUUAUGCUGCAUAAUGUAACGUUUCAUCAUCAAGUAAGUUUUAUAAGGCAACCAAUAAUUUUCUUCCAUCCCCCCCCCCC